AUGGCCACCUCCACCACCGGUACUACCACCACGUCCACCUUGGAUAAACUUGUCCAGAAACACCCGCUACAACGACUUGCAUCACCCUCUCACAGCCUUUCUGCUCUAGUCCACACGCUGGGACUGGCCAGCUUCGCCUACUCCUUUAACUACCUCGUCGAGAACCCGAACCCCAUCAGUCAAGCGUACGGCUGGCACUUCCAGUACCUGACCAUCAUCGGGCUCGCACUAGCCAGCGCGACAUUCAUGCUCGGGCUAUUGGCCGACCUCUCGCUGUCGCGGCGGCUGUUCGUGGGCAAAAACAUCUUGUCCGUGUGCUCGGCGCCCAUGGAGGUCUUGAUCAGCAUCUUAUACUGGGGCCUCCGUCUGAUCGAUCCGGAGCUGGUGGUGCCCAAGGAACUCGAGCUGCCGUUUUCCGCCGACGCCAGUUUCCAUCUGGCGCCGAGUGUGUUUCUAUUGAUUGACUUGUUGCUGCUGAGUCCGCCGUGGACCAUCACGCUCGUGCCGGCGGUCGCGCUCAGUACCGUCAUUGCCUUUGUCUACUGGUACUGGAUCGAGCUGUGUUACCAGGCCAAUGGGUUCUAUCCAUAUCCCUUGUUCGCCGUGCUGGAGCCGACGCAGAGAGUGCUUUUGUUUGGGACCAGUGCGUUGAUCAUGGCAGCCAGUACGGCCGGCUUGAAGUGGGUUUAUGGCAAGGUUAAUGGCUUGGAUCCAAGGCGUGUCGGGAGGGCCGGGCACGUUAAUUGA